AUGGAAAUCCACCACCGGACAGACCGCAGCAUCUUUUCCCUAGUGCUGCAGACACUCAUCCGGCCUUUCAAACCACGUCUCGUGGCCCCGAAGAGCACGUUCCCAGCCGGGUCGCCCAGGCUCAAGCAUGACAGGAAGAUCAACCGCGCAGUCAGGGUGGUGGAGAGGCAGCAGCAGGAUAUAUGGCUCUACGACAUAACGGCUCAUAAUAACAGCGAAAACAACAACAACAAUAACAACAGCAUCAGGAGCAGCAAUUACGCCGCGCCACCGCCGAGGAGGAGACUUCGUAUGUACUACAUCGCAGGAGGAGGCUGGCAGAGCCCCCCCUCCGGACAGCACUGGAAGUUCUGCGCCGAACUGGUCCGCAACGUGCCCGGGCUGACGGUGACGGUCGUCAGCGCGCCCCUCGCGCCGUCCUCGCCGGCGGUCACGGCGUUCCCCGUGCUCAGGAGGCUCUUCGCCUCCCUCCUCAAGCAGGGCGCCCGCGACGGGGAGCAGGCCAUCCUGGCGGGCGACUCGUCCGGCGGGAACCUGGUCCUCUGCCUGGCGCUGGACUCGUUGCGAAGCGAAGAGGACACAGGCAACACGACAAGCCCCAAGCCCUUGGCCCUGCUCGCCAUCUCGCCGGCCGUGGAUCUCAGGCCCAUGGAGACGUGGGGGAAGGAGAUGCAGGUGCUGGCGCGCCGGGACCCGGUGCUGACGGUGGGCUCGCACAACGGGGAGGCGGCGGCGUGGGCGGCGGGCGUGGACCCGGCCUGCGCGUGGAUCUCGCCCGCCGCGGCGGCCGACGACGUGGGCGGCGUGCUCGCGCGCGCGGGCGUGAGGCUGAUCGGCGUGACGGGGGGCUACGACAUCCUGGCGCCGGCGGCGUUGGGCUUCCGCGACGCGUGUGCUGCGCAGGGCGUGGGCGGCGCGUGGCUGCACUGGGAGAGGCAGAUGCACUGCUUCCCGCUGGCGUUUAUGUAUGGGCUUCCUGAAGCUGUGGGGGCUAAGGAUUGGGUUGUUGAGCAGAUUAGGGGGCUGUGA